UACGCUGUCGCAAAGCGGAAGUGCGAGGUUCAGCGGGCGCCGGCGCCCGGAAGGUCAGCCUGGGAAGGAGGUGGUGGUAACGCGGGUCUCCCCACUAUUACAGCGGAAAAACGGCCGAGCACGCGAUCUCGGCCUGAGACGGCGGGGAGAAGUAGACGGGCAGUUUGCUGCGACACCAUGGAGGGCGGUGGCGGAAGCGGCAACAAAACCACAGGGGGGUUGGCCGGCUUUUUCGGAGCAGGUGGAGCAGGCUACUCGCACGCGGAUUUGGCCGGAGUCCCGCUAACUGGUAUGAACCCUCUGUCUCCUUAUUUAAAUGUGGAUCCACGGUAUCUCGUGCAGGAUACAGAUGAGUUUAUUUUACCAACUGGAGCUAAUAAAACCCGGGGCAGAUUUGAACUGGCCUUCUUUACCAUUGGGGGAUGUUGUAUGACAGGGGCUGCAUUUGGGGCAAUGAAUGGUCUACGGCUAGGACUGAAGGAAACCCAGAACAUGGCCUGGUCCAAACCAAGAAAUGUACAGAUCUUGAAUAUGGUGACCAGGCAAGGGGCACUUUGGGCUAAUACUCUGGGUUCUCUGGCUUUGCUCUAUAGUGCAUUUGGUGUCAUCAUUGAAAAAACACGAGGUGCAGAAGAUGACCUCAACACAGUAGCAGCUGGAACCAUGACGGGCAUGUUGUAUAAAUGUACAGGUGGUCUUCGAGGGGUGGCACGAGGCGGCCUGGCAGGACUAACCCUUACGGGCCUCUACGCGCUAUAUAAUAACUGGGAGCACAUGAGAGGCUCCUUGCUCCAACAGUCUCUCUGAAGACUGCUAGCUGGUGAACGCUCUGGUGAACGGAGGACACUUUAGUAGUCAUCCAGAUCAAUUUAUAAGUCAGUCUGGAGUCAUUUACUCUUUUACUUGCAACUAGUUUGAAAAAGGAGAGUCCAGUUUGCUGUGAUGAAGAUCAUGGAUGGUUGACCAGGACUGGCACUCCUUCCAGCCAUUAAUGAGUUGAAGCCAAAACCCUUUGGUGGCUGAGUAAUGUGGCUCUCUUCUCCUUUAAAGAAGAUCUUGCACCUGUUUUUUCUCCUACCCCCUGAACUGGAAAACCACUUACUCCCAGAAUUCAGGUCAUGCUUGUCAAUGCUGUAUCACCACAUUUGUUCAUUUAAUAAUCCAAGACUGUAAUACUGCCCUGUAUUCCCAAUAAAGGGUAAAAACAGAACCAAAGUUAUAACUCCAACA